CCUAGACAACCUUAGUUGCUUCUUUCUUUCUUUGUCCUGUGAAAAGUCUGGUGUUCAUGUCUAAUCUGCAUCUUUUACAUGUCAUUGUUCAUGUAGCUGUAUGGUUAUGGUAGAAAUUUAGAAUGUACAUUAUGUUUAUUUCAUUAUGUAACAUCCUCUCUUUCAUGGUGUACCUUGCGCCUCUGCCUACAUUUCUUCGGGUUUAUAGAAAGAAAUCGACUGAAGGGUUUCAAUCAAUUCCUUACGUCGUUGCACUAGUGAGCGCUGUGCUUUGGAUAUACUACGCCACACUAAAAUCCAAUGCUUUCCUUCUCAUGACCAUCAAUUCCUUUGGUUGCUUUGUGGAAACUAUCUACACCGUUGUCUUCAUCAUUUACGCACCAAAGAAAGCUAGGAUUUUGACUAUGAAGCUGCUGCUUCUGUUCAAUUUUGGGGGCCUUCUCUUGAUCAUCCUUCUUACGCAUUUUUUUUCCAAAGGACCAAGCCGGAUCCAUAUUGUUGGAUGGUUUUGUGUAGUAUCAUCAGCCGGCGUUUUUGCAGCGCCUUUGAGCAUAAUGAGGUUGGUCAUCCGCACCAAAAGCGUGGAGUUCAUGCCAUUCGCUUUAUCAUUGUUCCUCACCUUGAGUGCCAUUAUGUGGUUGAUCUAUGGCGUACUUCUAAAGGACUUCUAUAUAUCUCUCCCAAACAUAAUGGGAGUUGUUUUAGGGAUGAUUCAAAUGGUACUAUUCGUAGUUUACAAAAAGUACAAGAACAUCGAGAAUGAGCAGAAGCAAUUACCAGUACAAGUUGCGAACGGAAAGAACUUAGCACCCAUAAAAGCUUCCAAUAAUACGGACUCCUCGCUGCAAGUUUCCGGUGAUGUUGAAGUGGGUAGAGAUGAAAAUCCGCAUGAUCAUCAGUUACAACAUAGUCAUAAAAGCAUCGAAAGCACCAAUCAGGCUGAACCCGGACAGUGUUCUGUUUGAUUUGCCUUUUACAUUGCUUUUGUAGUAUGCUAUAUAAUUAAGUAUAAUUGUAAUUAAAGCCAAGUAAGACGGGAGCAACCACUCAAAUGCUUGGACUCCUGUGUUUAAGGCUUCUUUUUUAAACUGAUCGAUGCUGUUUCAUUUGCAUUCCCGUUUACUGUUGAAAGCGAUCUAAGGACAGAAGGAACCGAGGAAAGUGCUUGGGGUCCUGGCUUUGACGUCUUUACUGGUGCUUAUAUGGAUGAUGGAGAACCUUGAUAUAAAGGCCUA